AUGUCGAUCUACUCCCAGGGCUUCAAUUUCAACUCCUACAUUGAGAAGGGCGUCGAUCCUCGUACCGGCCAAUACAACUGCUCCAUUUCUCUUUAUGAAGUGCCGGCUGGGGUUCGUAACUGCCCGCCGCUUAAUCUAUUCCUUCACUAUAAUCCCUUGAACAGCGACGAUGUCGGCUUGGGCAAGGGUUGGUCCUUUGGCAACCUCUCCACCUACGACCAGAAUUCUAAGACCCUGAUGCUGUCCACUGGAGAAAACUACAAAGUCACUGAAACCACGAGCUCGGUCUUCGUGGCCGACCAGAAGCUCAAGGACUUCGCCUUCCAGAAAACGGGCACCAUGGGCUACCGCGUCAUCCUCAAGUCAGGCCAGGUGGAAGUGCUCUCGAACUUCAACCGGUCCACUGUCAGUUCCGAUUCGCAGAACCUGCUCGAGGUCGCCUACAAUACGUACACCACUAUUACCCGGGCCCCGGGAACCGCCGAGGCCGCGACUUUUACACUGGUGAAGCAGAAUAAUCAGCUGGCAGAGCUCCGUCUGCCACUGGAUGGUUCUCCUGCGUGGAAGUUCACGUAUGGGACGGGGGGGCUGACCAAUGUCACCAGUCCGACAGGCGCAACAGAAGAGAUCUCCUACAAGACACCAGGGUUCUCGCUGCCGAGUGGCGCGCCGGUCAGUUCUAUCCCGUAUGUCAUCUCUCAUACGGCGCGGCCCUUCCAUGACCAGCCCGCUAUCCAAACCACCUACAGCUACUCAGACCGUAACUUCCUCGGCUACGGCGGAGGUCGGAACUGGAACAACGACGGGGAUAACCUCUACCUGACCCCGGCGGAUUAUGAGUACACCUCGACAGCUCAGAUAGUGGGUGGCACCACCACCAAACAUACAUACAACAAAUUCCAUCUGGAGGUUAGCCGGGAACAGCAGAAGGGCACGAAGCAGGUCACACAGACCACCACCUACUACGCCCUCAGCAAUACCUCAUUUGAUAGCCAACCCGCCCAGUAUAAAUUGCCAAAGGCCCAGACCACCACCUACCGGAACACGUCUACGGGAAGUUCACGCGCCGAGACGAGCCAGUUCACGUUUGACGACUGGGGCAACCAGACCAGUGAAACCACUCCGAGUGGCCUUGCGACCACCCGUGAGUACUAUGCCGCUGCUGGCGACUCGGCGUCGGGCCAAGUCUUGUGUCCUGCCGAUCCACAUGGAUUCCAAAACUAUCUCAAGCUGGAGAUUGUGACGCCCGCAGCCAGCGCAUAUCAGACGCCUACGCGAGCUCAUGACUACACCUAUCUUCAGAUUCCCACGGUCGCCGACGCCUUGACUGACUAUCAUGUGGUAGCCCAAAGACGGGUGAUGACGGAGGAUAGCCAGACGCUUGCUACCACAGAUUAUACGUACAUCAACCAGCCGCAGUCCAGUGAUCAUGGCCGACGCCAGCAGCAAGUCUCGCGCCUACUCAACAAGAAUCCCACAACAUAUAAAUGGACCUACAGUACUAGCUCUUCGGAGUUGACCGAGACCACAACCAUGACCAGCUUCGAUAGCCAGACCACGCAGGAAGAAACCACCUCCUCCCUUAUCUCAGGGCUGACCCUCGCCACCAAGGACCGCGCCGGCACCAAGACCACCCAGCAGUAUGAUGCGAUUGGGCGAGUGAUUCAGACCAGCACCGCCACUGGAACUGCCUUCGAGGCCACGAAGAAGCAUGAAUAUGUGAUCCUGAGUAAAGCCGUUGGCUGGCAGGUCACGGUAACAGAUACCAAGGGGGUGCAGACGCGGUAUUUCACUGACGGCAUGGAUCGUGUGGUCCGUGUGGAGGCCCAAGACGACGAUGGCAGCUGGGACAAAUAUCAGACCUAUACCGGGACGUUCCGGGUAAUCCGAGAGCGCCAGUAUAACUCGAUCGAUCAAUGCAGUACAGAGGUAGACAUUGACUGGCUGCGUACCAGUGGUACGCCCAAGGAGCUGCGGACCACCCGCUCAUUCGAGUAUGAUGACUGGGGCCAGGUCUACAAGGUGACGAAGAACAGUGGAGCGGUCCAGCUUUCCGAGACUGAUCCUAUUUCCUUGACCUUAUCAGUGGGCAAUGAAGGCGAAGGCCAGACACGGAUUCAAUAUAAUGCCUUCCAAGCCCCGAUAGCCGAGUCGCUGGUCCAGAGCACUGGGGCAGUCGAGGGUACGAUUGAGUAUGCCUAUGAUGGUCUGGGGCGCCGCCGACGGUUGACCGAUGCCCUAGGCCGUGCCACGCAGUAUAGCUACGAUAGCUUUGACCGCGUGGUCCAGACCACCUGGGCUGAUGGCCAUGCCAUCACCACCCAGUAUGCGGCUCAGACUACGGCAGCCCUGCCGGUGGCCAUCAAUCUUCAAGGGACCACAGGAUUCAGUGAGCAAUCUUUUGAUGGCUUGGAGCGGUCACUAUACACGAUGGUCGGCGGGCGCAAGACCAGCAAUAUUUAUCAAGGUGGCGCCCCCGUCCCUGCCCAGGUCACCAACCCCAAGGGUGCACGAUCCGAACACAUGUAUGAGCCGGCCUUAGAUUAUGCGCUGACAAGACGGGUUACCAAUGAUAAAACUGAUGCUUACCAAUAUGAUAAACAAACUGGGAAUGUCCUGCAGCUGGACAGUUCGCUUGCCCCGGCCAACCUCAGCUACUAUCCAUCCAGUUUGUUGUCCCAGGAGACCAUUCAAACUGCCGAAGGGGCUCGUGCUGUGGAGUAUGUGUAUUCGCAAGCCGGCAAACUGCAAGAAUAUACCGACGUUACCGGAAAACAGCAUGUGAUCCAAUAUGAUGAGUAUGGCCGCCGGCAGGAGAUCAGUGUUGGGACGCUCAAGACCACGCUGAGCUAUGAUCGGUCAGACCGCGUUACCAUGACAGUGACCCAGGAUAGUCGCCAGAGCGUGGCCCUGACCGUCAAAAUCAGUUAUGACGAUUUCGGCCGAGAAAUCCGCCGAACAGUCUCAAACGGAGCUACACUCGUAUCCCAGACUACUCAGUCCUACGGGGCCACGGGGCUGAUCACUACACGCAGCCGAAGCGAUGGUAAUAACACCCAGAUGCGGCGGGAAACCUUUGGUUAUGACAGUUUAAGUCGAUUGGUAGACUACCAGUGCCAGGGCACACAGCCCCCCGUGGAUGAGCGCGGUCGAGCCAUUCGCCGCCAGCAGUUUACACUCAAUAGCUACGACGGCUUCACUCAGAUCCAGACAACGUUUGUGGAUGGCAGCAACAACCUGCAGGUUUAUACAUACAGUGCCCAAGACCCGACGCAGCUGGUUCGCAUCACUAAUUCACACUCCGACGAACCGGCGGUGAUUGACCUUGAGUACGAUGAGAACGGCUGUCUGACCCGGGAUGAGCAGGGUCGGACGCUUGUCUAUAAUGCAUCGCGUCUGCUGGCCGCGGUAUACGAUAGCCAGAACCAGCUCCUCUGCGAGUAUGGGUACGAUGCAACUGACCGACUUGUGCGCCAGUCAAUUCCCAACGAGCCGGACACCCAAUUUUUCUACCGGGGAGACAGCUUGAUCGCAAUCACCAAAGGGGAGCAGAAUCAGACUAGCUUCAUGUCGGACGGCGAAGUGUACUGGGGCGAGGUGCAGCAGCAAGGGAGCGGCAAUGUUCAUACUCAAAUCUGGGCGUCUGACGCCCACCACUCCGUUUCCACCUGGCUGGACCCGCAGGAUGCGGACCAGGUCCACGACCAGGCGUAUACGCCCUACGGCAUCAGCACUGGUGGGGGGGCAGCCAUUGGCUUCAACGGACAAUGGCGAGACCCCAUCACUGGGUGGUACCAUCUGGGGUCAGGCUACCGGGUAUACAGCCCGAGUCUAAAGACCUUCCUCCAGCCGGAUGCGUGGACCCCCUUCACCUCGGGGGAAAUCAACCCGUACGCCUACUGUUUAGCAGAUCCCAUCAACCGCGCCGACCCGAGCGGCCAUUUCAGUUGGCUGCGGACCCUUAUUCAAUUUGCCGCAGGCGUGGCAGUUGGUAUUGCGUUCACCGUACUCACUGGUGGGGCCGGAUUCGGCUUGGCCUUCACCGUGCUCGCGGGCGCCGUGCUUCAGGGUCUUACCAGUGCGGCCUCCGGAGCCGUGUAUGAUAGAAUUACGGGAACAAAACCCACGCUCAGCAGUAUUGGCAACGAUCUGUUCUCUGGGUUUGUCGGAGGUAUCGCUGGGGGUGUCGCGGGUGCGAGUGUGAACUUAGAGACAGGCGGUCUGUUGAAGAUCGCUCUUGCGGAGGCCGGCACGUCGGCCAUCAUUACUGGGCUUCAAGCGAAGACUAACGCCUCCAUCAAGAUGACCAUGAGGCGUUUUACCUCCGCCCCUGUUGCUACCUCGAGCUCGACAGCCGCAGGCAGCAAGGUGGAUACUUCUUCCAUAACCCCCGGCCGUAUUCCGGACUUGCCCCUAGAGAAGCUUCGACAACGAAAGAGUGCGGUCUCCUGGGAUGACUCUAGUGCCGUGAGCGCUCGCACCACAUCUCGCGAGACAGUCAAGGUCGAGAAUGUGAGCUCAAAUUCCCUCAUGGGGAGCGGCGGCGGCGGUGGCUUCGACGGCUCGCUGUUCACGCUUCACCUGAGCCCCGACCACAGAGUGUCUUUCACCAUCGAUGCGCAGGCGGCCCAUGUGCCCGCCUGGGACGUUACAGGUGCAUCGCUGAGUACAGCUGCGUACCAGUUGGCCGGUCUGAGUUCACUGGCUUAGUUGAAUUUAUGAUUUACUGGGUUUGUGUGGUG